GCAGUGAAUGCAUACAAACAUAGCUGGGCUGAUCGUCGUCUCCCAGUCAUUCUCCGCGCUAAUGCAGCGGCUAUAGAACAAGUGGAUAGCCGGGGAGUUGUCGUCCAGUCCUAUCCUUAUAGACGAAUACAAAAGAUACUGAAGGUAUCCGAUUGUCCCGGAGGCUUUAUAAUCGACGUUGGUGAUCAUCAUCGGAGACAUCUUUUCGCUUCAACGAAGUGCGACGAGUUCCUGAAAGACGUGCGGCGGAUAGCAGCUGAUCAUAUUGGUGUGAUUGUUCCUAUCACUAAGGAAGCCGCUACUCUUGAUGAGUUCGCGCGCACAAGACUGGGCCUGUGCAGUCGAGAUGACCAUAUAACGUCCUAUGCAGAAUUCAAGGUGCAGAAGCACGCUAAACGGCAUGAUCAGCCGGUUCGUCGCCUGCUUUGUCUUACAGAAAGCUGCAUUGUUGAACGCGAUCCUGCUUCUUAUGCUGUUGUGUGUGCCACACCAUUGGAACAAAUUGUAUGCCUGGUUCGCUUGGAAAAAGAUCCACAACAAUUUGUUAUCGAAUACACAACUGGCGAGGGACGUGUGUACUCGGCCGCAGAAAGAGAUCUUAUAAUUGCUUCACUGAUUGAUGGGGCUCGUGCGGCUGGAAACGAACAGGUUUUCGUCACAAGCUAUCGCUUCGAUCAGGCUUUGCGGUUACUGCCUCACGGCCAGAUCCUUGACGAAGACGGUGAAUCGCAAUGCAUGAGGCAUGUUAUUGCACCACCACGUGAGUCAUUUUCUACUUGA